CACAUGCUUCCCGUGCUACCAGCAAAUCAUGUUCUCUGAUAUGUAAUGCCAUGACUAAGAAAUCACAUGUGUCCUCAGCUGUCAACUUCCAUGAUUACCUGUUUUACACUGUAUCUGAAUCCCAUUAUCUGUGAAAUGUGAUCGCCUUCCUUUCACACCACAACCCAUCGGCUACAGGCUACAUCGUUCCAGACCAUCAAUUGGUAUUGCUACUGAGGUCGCAGCCUGUCAGCAUUAUGUCUUUCUCAAAUUUAGUGUCAGAUCUCGCCUUCCGGGAUGUCCAGGACGACCAUAGUUCCCAAAUAUCCCACGCCCGAACCCAGGCUACUGCUCGCUCUUAUACCAGUACAGCUGCAACCAGCGUCAGCAUAUCCGGUGAUAUCUCUAGCCAACUCCACUCCGGUUACAGUCAUCCUUUGAGCAGAUCAUGGCAAGCCGAAAAGCAAUUGACCAAGGAAAUGCUCAUAUAUCCGCUCUUCAUCACCGACAAUCCAGAUGAAGAGACACCAAUUCCAUCACUCCCAAAUCAAUGCCGUCGGGGGCUGAAUCGUCUUGUGCCAUUUUUGAGACCUCUCGUCCACAAAGGAUUGCGCUCCGUAAUUCUAUUUGGAGUUCCUUUGCACCCAUCCGCGAAGGAUGCUCUCGGAACUGCCGCGGAUGAUCCUAGUGGGCCUGUAGUCCAGGCCAUCCGUCUCCUUCGGUCGCGUUUUCCGCAGCUUUAUAUCGUCACUGAUGUCUGUCUGUGCGAAUAUACAUCUCAUGGUCACUGUGGGAUCCUUCGCGAGGACGGCACACUGGAUAAUGCGCAAUCCGUGGAUCGUAUUUCUGAUGUCGCUCUGGCUUACGCAGCGGCUGGCGCUCAUUGUGUUGCUCCAUCGGACAUGAAUGAUGGACGUGUACGUGCCAUCAAACUCAAAUUGAUCGAGGCCGGCAUGGCUCAUCGAGUCCUCCUUAUGUCCUAUAGCGCCAAGUUCAGUGGUUGUCUGUAUGGUCCUUUCCGCGAUGCAGCAGGAUCAUGCCCCUCCUUUGGUGAUCGUAGAUGCUACCAGCUACCCCCGGGAGGUAGAGGGCUUGCGCGGAGAGCGAUCCAGCGGGAUAUAACCGAGGGCGCUGACAUCAUAAUGGUCAAGCCCGCGAGCAGUUACCUGGACAUCAUCAGGGAUGCAAAGGAGCUUGCAAAGGACAUGCCCAUUGCAGCCUACCAAGUUAGUGGUGAAUAUGCCAUGAUACAUGCAGGGGCAAAGGCGGGGGUUUUCGACCUGAGAUCUAUGGCUUUUGAAAGUACAGAAGGCAUCUUAAGAGCUGGUGCAGGUAUUAUUGUGAGCUACUUUGUUCCCGAGUUUCUGGAUUGGCUAUGAUUACUAUCUGGCGCGACCGUAAGGUUGCUUUAUCGCGUGUUCAGGUAAACUAUUAAUCCGCCCCAUACUUUGCCACGUGACGACAUCCCUCUCCCUUCAGACCGUCUCUUAAAGAGACCCAUUCCCGCUUGUGUUAUCUUUCUUUGAUUGAAAACUUGAGUUGACAGGAAAAGAUAAUCUGCAAUAGGUCAUUUCGUUAUACAAAUGACAGCAUUUGUAGACAGUACUUGUACAAUGUACAUCAAACUCAACCAUACAGAAAUCAGAUUCCUGCCGGACAAGAUUAGGUAUUGACGAAAAAGCGUAAAUUCUGCGAUUGGUGUUAGCCUGGUUUGUUG